UGCCUCGCAAGCGCAAAGGAAGAUAAAAGGAGACAAUUUCUUAACUACCUUUUUCGCCUCUGUUAUGCAGCGUACACCGACUUGCCAGAAUUGCUGCAAAAGCUACGGCUUUAAAGUUUAUUCUUCAGAUGUGUCCAAACCAAUUGGAAAUCGCAUCCCCUUACUUUUGGACUGUGGCCACACUUUUUGUGAAGGCUGCAUCACUAAAUGGGCCAGACUACAAAAGACCUGGGUGUUAUGUUCAGAAUGUCAACACCCCACACCACUAACAAUUGAAGGAGAGAGGGGAGUUAGGGCCAUUCCACCUAAUAUCUACCUGUUAGGAGUGAUGACCAACUCUAAAAGAGCUUCUUAUCGCACUGAUGUUCAAAAGCCUGGUUGCUCAAAGCUUGGGACAAAAGCUGGUUUGCAGAGAGCAAUAAAUCAGUUUGCACGAGAAAAGAAGGCUGAACUAAUGAAACUUGACACUGAUGUAAAGUGUGAAGAGUGCUCCAGAGCAACAGCCACAAGCAGUUGCAGCAAGUGUGAAACAGUGUACUGCAGUGCUUGUUUUGAGAGAGUGCAUUCAUAUUCUGUUGCUUUGAGGAAACAUGUUCCUUUGCCUGUUACAAAGAAAAAAACUGAGACAGCUGUUGGGUGUCCUGAUCACAAUAACAGACCUCUGGAGUUUUAUGAUAAGGAUGAUGGUCAGCCUGUGUGUUCACACUGUGUUGUUACAGGACAGAGACAAACACAUGCUGUUGUACCCCUAGAUGAAAUCGCUAAAGAAAUCCAAGAUCAAUUCAAGACUUCAGUUGAGGAAGUGGCUCCAAUAAUCAAGCAUCUGGACAAGUCAGUUCAGAUAAUUUGUAAAGCACUUCCAGCAGUUAAGGCUGAAAAGAAUAAAAUUAUUAAUGACAUCAGGGAACACUUUCAGAUGUUAUAUUCUGCUUUACAGACAAGAGAGCAAUCACUGAUCAAAGAAGUUGAAUUAAAUCACAAUGGGGAAAAGAUUCUAGAGAAGAUGCGAGAAGAGGUUGCGGACAAUUUGCGGAAAGCAAGAGAUUAUGUUUAUGAUGUAGACCGUAUGAUUGGACAGCCACAGACUUUGAUUGACUAUGCUAAAAAGUUAAGAAGUGAGUUGGAAAGUGUAAAAGAGAUGCUGUGCUGUGCUGUAAAAGUGAUAUCACAUGAAUAUCAAAUAAGGUUUGAAACUGGAGGAGAGAUGAAGGAGAGAAUCUCUGAGUAUGGUUCUGUUUUCACAGAUGGCUGUGCAAGAUUUGAGAUGAAAAAACUGAGUGAAAUGAAUGAGGAAGAGUUGGAACUAGAAAGUGAUAACUCAGAACAGGAGCUUGUGAAUGCCCAAGAAGAACAAGAAGACCCUCCGGAUACUGAGCCAUCUGUUCCAAGAGUGCAGCAUGAGAGGACACCACAAUCAAUCACUGCCUCCAGGAUACUUAAAACAAGUCUUGCGUAUCGUCAUGAACUAGUUCUUGUGACCCAUAUCAGAGAUCCUUGUCAGUUCAUGAUUCAAAGAGUAGCUGACCUUGAACAACUCCAGAUCAUGAUGAAUGUCAUUAACAUGUACUGCGACAGCACAGAGAAUGUUCAUGAUCUUCUCUAUGAUGUCAAGUUUGGUGACCUGUGUUGUGCUCAGUUUACAACUGAUAAUCAGUGGUACAGAGCUCGCAUCAAGACUGCAUAUUCUCCAGCACAUCCCAACACUGUACCUACACUUGAGAAUAAUCUUUGUGUUGAGGUGCAAUACAUAGAUUAUGGAAACAGCGAGUGGCUGCCUCUAAGCAGGUUGAGAAAGAUGAAAGCAGAAUUUCUAAAUGUUCCUGAACUUGGAGAAUGUUGCUGUUUGGCAGAAAUUGUGCCUCCAUUCCAGGAGGAAAAGUGGCCACCCAAAGCAGUAAAGGCAUUUGGAAGUCUUACUGGGGAUAAACCUUUGUUGAUGACAGUGGUUGGAAGGAAGGGAAAUAAGCUGGUGGUUGACUUGCGACGUCCUGAAGAUGAUGAACCAACUCAAGACGAUGACAGACCUGUGUCUGUUCGUGAUGCCCUUGUUUUCUUGGAAGUGGCUCGUUUCUCUUCUCCUGCCUCAAAACCUACAGGCAUUUUCUUUCCGAAGAAGACCUACAAAGAAGCUUGUCAUAUCGAGGAAGGAGCGUUUGUGGAUGUGCUUGUUACACAUAUUGCCGCCCCUGAUGAAAUUUAUAUGCAAAAGCUGUGCAGUGAAGAGACAACAGAGCUACAACAUAUUAUGGAGGAGAUGAGCAAGAUGUUUGGCGGAAGGAGGCGUGGGACCGAGUGGAGUGUCCCGUGGCCUUACAAGGGUCUUGUUUGUGCGGCGAGAUUCACAGAAGACAAAAUUUGGUACAGAGCUCUUGUUACGGCUGUAAACAGCGAUGAAACCGUAGACGUGACGUAUGUAGACUUUGGAAACUCUGAAAAAUUGACAUUUUCCGAGAUCAGGAAACUUCCUGACAUGUUUCUGAGACUUCCAAAGCAGGCAUUACCAGUUUGUCUCGUGGAUAUCAAACCAAUUGGGGAGGAAUGGCAGGUGCAGGAUCAAGAAAAUAUUUCGACCCUAUUGCUGAAUAGAUCGUUGGUGAUUGAUGUGAAAGGGGUUGUUGAUGAAAAGAUGUCGGUUUUGCUGUUUGACACCACGGGCGCUCGGGAUGUUUGUAUCAAUCAGUUUCUUGUGCAACAUGGUUAUUGCCAGACGGCUGGACUUGGUUAUUUAAAGCAAAAAGAGGCAGAAAAGACAGAAUAUGUAGAAACAGGAAAAAUACGCAAGAAAAACAGCACGUGUCGCAUUUUUGCAUGCUCAUUCAAGCGUUCUUACAGCAUUGUUAAGAGCCCAGAUGAACUAGCAAUUGAAAGUCAGAACGCGAGAGAGAACAAGGGAAAUGAAGGUCAACCUGAACAGACUGUAGAGGUUACAGAAAGCAUGCAGGAAACUGCCAACGAACCUGACACUGAACAGGAGAAGGAGAGCCAAGCUAGUUCAUUAACGGAAGAAGACAGGGCUCUGUCUGAAAGUAAAGCGGAGUCUCAAGCUAGUGAAACAUCCAGCGCCUCCAUUGAUUACAAGGAGUUGAAAUACAAGCCAGCAGCAAUACCGGAAACGAAUAAAUUCCAAGCCGGUGUUACGUUUGUGGAUUCACAUGGAUAUGUGUAUGCUCAAGAAGUGAAGGAAGGUGACCGUACGUUGAUAAACAUCAUGGCAACCUUGCUAGAGAGAUACGGCAAAAGUGAGAACCAAUCAGGAGCACCUUCUGAUGUGACGUCAUUGUUCCCAGGCCUCCCGUGCGUUGCUCAGUUCGCAGAGGAUGGCAUGUGGUAUCGUGCCUCAGUGAUAAAAGUCGUGGAGGAUAAAGUAGAAGUUAGCUAUGUUGACUUUGGAAAUUCGGAAGUUGUGCCCCUGUCUGCGAUAAGACAAGAAAUGCCGUUUAUGGAGGUUCCUCACCAAUGCCUUCAGCUGGUUUUGCGAGGCAUUGAACCUAAAACCAGUGAUGGGCAUUGGCCACCAGAAGCCAUCCGUGCUCUGUCUCAAGCUGUCGUGGGUCAGGACUGUAUGGCUACAAUCAGGGGCGAUAAACUGCCUGGCUACCCUCUGGUGGUAGAGCUGUUUCUUCCGGAUGGUUCUGAUGUGGGGCAAACCCUGCUGAGCAAGGGUCUGGUUCAGAAAUCUCCCACGUUACGCGAUGAAGACCAAUCGUCCCAGUUCCACCCGAGAAAGCGAGGGCCUCGAAAAGCCAAGCCUUUUAUAUCAAAGCGAUCAAUAGCUGAAACCAGAGUGCAUGCUCAAAAGAUCAGUUCUCGAGAAGCUGAAUGUGUACUGGCGCAAACGGAACUCCCUGGGGAGGAAAUUCGGUUUGACGUCACUAUCACACAUAUAGAGAGACCUGACUGUCUGUUUAUUCAGCGGGUUCCACCCACUGAGAUGGACAAGGGCUACGCUGACGAUCCCGACCCUACCUUGGACGAUGCAACCGAAGAGCUUCGUACACUGGAGGAGAUUAUGGCUAGGAUAAACAGCCCGGAAUAUUUUAAGAAGUACACUCCAUUGGCGACCGCAAAGAAAGGAAUGUUAUGUUGUGCUCGUUACACUGAAGAUGACAUGUGGUACAGAGCUCAAAUUCAAUCAAUUGAACAUCAGAGGCCUCUGGAGGUCAAGGUACUAUACGUGGAUUAUGGCACAACUGAAGUACUUAAGGCGGACAGGUUGCGGGGCUUUCCAUCGGAGCUUCUGGAUUUGCCGGUUCAAGCCACACGUUGUUUUCUUGCCGACAUUAGGCCACCAGACACAACAGAUGGACCAAUGAUGGAUGACAAUGGCUGGCCUGUGAACUCUAUGGAGACGCUCAUUCAGCUGGUAGCCGGCAAGAAACUUGUCGCAAAAGUACUGUUUAGUGGACCACCAGCUAGUGUGAUGUUAUACGAACAUACAGUGAGAGAUGACGGAUGCAUCGAGGAAUUUUCCAUAGGGUUGCUCUUGGCUCAAAGAGGUCUGGCGAAGAGUGUGAACUAUGAAGAACCCGUUUACGCAGAAUCAGACCCUCUCACCGAAGAAAGCUGUGAAUCGGAGGAGAAAACUUUGGAGUUUCAAGAAUCCGAGUUGAAAUUUACAUCAGAGCAGAGAUUAGAGAUGAGCGCGGAGACCAAAGCAGAUUCUUCGUCGAUUGAUUUGUUGGACAAAAUUCCCACUCCUGAACGUAACUUUCCUCCCACAAAACAACUGUUAAAACCAGCAGAAUUCACAGCAAAGGUUACGGAUACAGUUUCUGGGAACAGUGAUCCAGAAGUUAAGCAAACAGAACCCAGUCUCGAUGGGGUUGAAGCUUCUUCGCAAACAACAGAAGGAGUCAAGUCGCGCGAUGAAAAAGAGACAGUAUCACCGCCUGUGACGUCAGCACCCAAGGCGGAAGUGACGUCAGCAAAUAAAAAGCCGAGUUCAGUUGAAGUGAACGAAGAUUCCUUAGAGUCCGCUGUAUAAGGAGAUAAGAGGAGGAAGAAAUUAUUGUGAAUUUUAAACAUGAAAAUUAUUGGAAAUGACUUUUUUUGACAAAAAAAAAAUUAUUGAUUUAGUUUCGUUUUGCAGUUUUGCAUUGCAGGUUUUAUUGAAAAACUUACCUUUGGGCAGGAAUUGUUUUUUCCCCUGAGGACGAAAAUAUUCCGUUUGUUUUGUACAGUUGCUUUGUACAGUAAUUGUGUCAGCUGUUAUGAAAAUUAAAAUUUACUCAUAUUAA